UUGUACAUCCAUUUUUAUGGCGAUGGUCGCGAUACGAGUCCAACAAGCGGAGUCACUUUCCUUCAGCAGUUAAUUGACUACCUUAAAAAAGAGCAAUACGGCGAAAUAGCAACAAUCGUAGGGCGCUAUUAUGCGAUGGACAGAGAUAAACGAUGGGAACGCAUUCGGGUAUGCUACGAUGCGAUGAUUGGAGGUGUUGGUGAGAAGGCAACGAUUGAUAAGGCAGUUGAUAUCAUCAAAGGACGAUAUGCAAAGGAUGAAACUGAUGAAUUCCUGAAACCCAUAAUUUUUGGUGACGAAGGGCGUGUGAAAGAGAAUAAUGUGCUGCUGCGAAAUGUGGUAACUGUUGCGAAAAAGGAAACACCGUUUGCGGCGGAGGAGUAA